GGGGAUAUUCAACUUUCCCCGCCGUGUCGCCCUCUCUCGUAGCGCCGGUUUUUUUGCCCUCUUCCAUGCAUCGCUUGUUUGCCGCAGGCUUGGUUCCAGCUCGCCUUCGCUGCGUGCACAGGAUAGAUACACAGAGACUAGGCAGGAUCAAGGCGGUGGUGGAAGCCGUUGGGACAGGAUGCGGAAUAACACUCGGCCAGGCGCGAUGGCGGAUAUGCUGUUGCUCGACGAGUCGGGUGAUGGCGACACCGAAGACAUUGCCAGUAAUGGUACAAACGGCUGUGGCGCUCCUGCGUUACAUCAAUCGGUAACACGGGCAGGACAAUUGGAGUCUCAAAUUAAAGCAGGGUGUAUCAAACGAAUCCGCGUGGAGAACUUUAUGUGUCACAGCAGCCUUUCUUUGGACCUUAUUGAUCGCGUAAAUUUUAUUACUGGUCAGAAUGGCAGUGGAAAGAGUGCAAUCCUUACGGCUCUGUGUGUUGCAUUUGGUAUCAAAGCACGAGGUACGCAGCGUGCCACGUCGCUGAAGGAUUUUAUCAAGAAUGGACAGAGCUAUGGUGGUGUAAUAGUGGACAUUAAGAAUGAGGGUGCAGAUGCCUUUAAACCCGAUGUUUAUGGCAAAAUCAUAACUGUGGAGAGAAGAAUAACAGAGAGUGGACAGAGUUUCUCCAUGAAGGAUGAGCGUGGGAGAAAGGUUGGGCACAAGAGAGAAGACCUUCAGGAACUUCUUGAUCAUUUCAAUAUUGAAGUGGAGAAUCCAUGUGUGAUCAUGACUCAGGACAAAAGUAGGGAGUUUCUUCAUGCUGGUAGUGAGAAGGAGAGGUUUAAAUUUUUUUUCAAGGCGACACUGUUACAACAAGUAUCGGACUUGCUGAAAAGGAUUGAGUUUAGUCUUGAGGAAGCAAAUGGCGUCAUUGAAGGAAUUAAAGAGGAAAUGCGGCCUUAUUUGGAAGAGUUUAAAUCGUUGGAGGAUCAGAUAAAAAAUGUCCAGCAUAUUGAAGACAUGGUGCAAGAAGCAGCUGCUGUGAAGAAGAAGCUCGCGUGGAAGUGGGUUCAAAUCACCGAUGAAAAGCUGCUAGCUGAGCGAGCAAAGCUAGAAAAUUUUCGGGGUAGGAUAAGUAGAUGCCAGGAGAAGAUAGAUGCCGCAGAGGCAGCUAUAAGUAAGGUCAGAGAGGCCAUGACAGUGAAGCAAGCAAACAUACAGCAGCUUCUAGAGACAACUGGACAGCUGAGAAACUCUCAGAGGUUACUAGAAAAAGAACUAUCUGAGGCAAUUAGAGAGCGUGCAGGGCUUGAGGAGGAUUUGCAAAGGAAGAGGAGAGAAAUCGAUAGUAGCACAUCCAGCUUGAAAAGACUCAAGCAGCAGACACAGGAGAUUCUUCGAAAACAUGCGCAAAACACUCAAGCUGAGGCCACUGAAAGGGAUCAGCAGUUUAAGGCUCUCAAUGAAGCUAUUGAUUCAAAGAAAAAAGAGUUGAAAAUUCUGAUCGAGGAAGAAAAAGAGCUACAAGUUAAAGCCGAUACUGCUACCCAGCAGGUCGCUAGCAUCAAAGCUGAGAUGGACGAAAUUGGUCAGAGUCUUCGAGACAUGCAGGGUUUUCUUCGCCGUCUACGAGAACAGCGAGUCAAUCAGAUGACCACCUUCGGCGGAAACAGAGUUUUACGUCUUCUACAGAUUAUUGAACAGCGCGAACGCGAUUUCUCCAUUCCGCCCAUUGGACCGAUUGGAUCCCAUCUCACCCUGGUUGAUGCAACCUGGGCUCUCGCGAUUGAAAUAGGAGUUGGAAAGCUUCUCGAUGCUUUCAUAGUAGCAAAUCAUAGGGACAUGCUGCUACUUAGACAAAUUGCCUCAAGAGUGCAGUAUGGCGAUCUCCAAAUCAUUAUCUACGAUUUUAAUUUGCCCCCACUACGAAUGAGACCAGACCAGCUUCCCGAUUCAAGCUUGACGACAGUGAAGUCUGUCCUCCAAACAGACAAUACUGUCGUUAUGAACACUCUUAUUGACCAGGGGAGCGUGGAGCGGUUAGUUCUUGCAGCAGAUUAUGAUGAAGGUAAAACUAUUGCCUUCACCAGAGGCCGUAUCAGCCAGAAUGUGAAAGAGGUGCUCACGAAAGAUGGCUUAAAGCUGUUCUCAAGAGGAGGGAGUGAGACUGUAUUGCCUAGAGAUCGGCGGAUUCAAGGGCGAUUGGGCGUGCGUAUCGAUGAGCAAGAGGAUCAAGCCAAUGCCCAAAUUAAGGAAUUAGAUACCACGUUGCGAGCGGCUGAAAAUCGCAAGCGUUCAGCUGAAGACUUGGCUCGUAACUGCCAUGCUGGUUUACAAUCUGCCAAGAAAAGGAAGGUGGAACUUCAACGUGCUAUCACGAAGGAUGAGUUUCGGUUGCGAGAGUUACAAAAUGCCGCUCGUGCAGAGUCAGAACUUGAGGCUGAACCCGAUGUACAUGAGCUUGAAGAAGAAGCGAAUAAAGUUAGGGACGAGAUCCAGCUCAAUCAGGACAUUGCUGUAAAAAUGCAGUUUAAAGUUGAGAGAGCACAAGAGAAAGUCGAUGCAGCAAAAGCCCAGUUUGAUGGACUACGUGAGUCAGCUAAAGUGGACAUCGAAGCUUCUCGGAUUGCAGAACGGGAGUUGAUGUUACUCGAGGACGAACUUAAAGAAGCUGUUAAGCAAAAAGAGCAUUUUGAAGGCGUAAUGGAGAGGAAUGUUUUGGCUCCAAUCAGAUCUGCGGAGACAAAUGUGGAGAAUCUGCAGACUGAAUUGGCUGAAAACAAAGAGAAGGCUCUGCAAGUUUGCCCAGAACAAGACGUGGUCGACCUAGGUGGUGUUGGUGAACAGUCGAUACAUGAGUUGAGCGCUCGCUUAACGCGGUUGAACAAUGAGGUUCGACGUGAGGAAGAGCAGAAUGAACCUUUGGAAGAGCUACUGAAUAAGCGAAACCUCAUCGAGCGUCGUGUUAGCAAAAAAGAGCUCUCAUACAACGUCUUUCGCAGCAAACUUCAGGUGCUCAACGAUGCUUUCAAGAAGCGUUGUAGCAAAUUUGAACGUAACUGUGUGUUCCUCCGUCGGCAGUUGACUUGGCAGUUCAAUGGCCAUCUUCGAAAGAAAGGGUUUAGUGGCAGUGUGAAGGUUGAUUAUGAAAAAGAGACACUAGCAUUUGAACUUCAUAUGCCCCAAGAUGCUGCUGGUAGUGCUGUCCGAGAUACGCGGGGUCUUUCUGGAGGAGAACGAUCAUACUCAACUUUGUCAUUUGCGUUAGCACUUCACGAUAUGACAGAAGCUCCAUUCCGAGCGAUGGACGAGUUUGAUGUCUUCAUGGAUGCUGUCAGUCGCAAAAUCAGUCUUGAUACAGUAGUGAAUUUUGCUGUACAGCAAGGUUCACAAUGGAUAUUUAUUACUCCCCAUGACAUUUCGUCUGUGAAAGCUUUAGACGGACUAGUGAAGAAACAGCAAAUGUCGGCCCCUCGUCCUUAGGAGCAAUCUUCUCCUCGGGUUUCCUUCAAGUUGUACAUAUGAGAACACAGUAUCACUGGAGGGAGGAUACUUGGAAUGUUCCUUGAACACCAGAACAUGUACCAUAACAGGGUCGCGCUGUAAUCUGUAAUCCAAGAUCCCGAAAGUUUGGGGUUGUAGGGUUUUGUCGACCUGGAAUUUAUAGCAGGCAGUCCUCCCCGAAUAGUAGUAAGAAUUGUAGUGGAUAAUCAAAUUUUGAGUAGGUACAGAGAAUAUUGCACACUUAGGAAUAGAAUGAUUGAUCUCAGGUAGAAAAGGAUUGAUGAAGGAAAGAAUGUUGAUAGUUCAUUAGGGACUUGAUCGCUGGUUUGAGGGAGUUCAGGUGGAGCUAGGAGUUCAGGUUCUAGCAAUUUUCUUUGUACUAUGAGCACAUUCGUGCGCAAUGUCUAAUCAAUAGUGUACUAUAAUAUGCCCCAUUUCAA